AUGGCCAUCUGUAACACUUGGAGGAGAAAACUGUUUACGACAUUCAGCUCUCGCGUAGCUCUGGUAAUGAUCUGGGCAGUAGCCUCCAUUGUACAACUUCCUGUGUUUAUCUAUUACGAAGAAUUCGUGGGUGAUCCUCCAUAUGACAUUAAGAUGUGUGGCACACAUUGGCCAACCUAUGACCUUCAGAGAGGUUAUUUUGUCAUUGCUCUGUUUUUGUUCUGUUACGCGCUGCCACUUGUCCUCAUUUUGAUUUGUUAUAUGAUGAUCACGAUUCGUGUGUGGAAUCGACACGCCCCUGGACAUUCAGCUAACAGUACCGGUGUCAUACAAAAAUCCAAAAUCAAAGUCGUCAAGAUGUUUGCUAUGGUUGUAACUUUAUUCACGUUAUCCUGGCUUCCACAAUACGUGAUGCGUUUUGUGUUUUAUUACUCACCUUAUCUGACUCGUGAUAUCGUUGACACGCUAUCAAGGUAUGUCAUCCCGACUCUUCAGUGGCUCGGCUUGUCAAACAGCUGCAUCAAUCCACUUAUCUACUGUCUUUUUAACAAAAAGUACAGAAGAGGAUUUAAAACUCUGUUGCGUUGUUAUCGCUAUGGGGACGCUUCACAUCAAAUUAUGAAACACCAAUCAACGAUAAAUAGUGGAGGGACGGCCUUGACCGAUUCGACCAGGCGGCCAACGCGAGUUUACUCGCCCGCCAAAUUCAUGUCAGUCGAAUAUUCCAAUGGCCAUAUGACGGUUUCGUUCAGAAAGGAUGACGAUGACACUUCCACAUCAGGCAGCUGA